UUUAUUUUAUGUGAUAUAAAAGCUUGUCGUGGGAAUAUGUUUUUCUUUACAAGUAAUUUUACGCUUGCAAAAUCACACUGGAAACGACUCAGGGAAACUUUUAAAAAGAAACUGCUAGAAAUGCCAUCGAAGCGUUCAGGGGAUGGAGUUGAAGACGAUGACAGUGAACAUUCGGAUUGGCCAUAUUUUCAGUCACUCCUUUUUUUAAAAGAUCAAUGUUUACCUAGGCAAUCUACAGGAAAUUUUGAUACAAUUGAAACUGAGACUUUUGAAGAAACUGAGGUGGACCACGUAGCAAACAGCACAGACGAAUUUACCAGCGAGGUAGAAUCACAGCCUACCACACCCCAUUCGGCACAAAUUUCUCGCUCAUCGACUCCACUUUCACCUUCGGCUACUGCAUUACCCAAAAAGAUGAAAACCCAAAAAGUAGGAAAAAUAACUGAUACAAUCGGGGAAGGUUUAUUAAAGGCAGAACAAGAAAAAAUUGCUUACUUAAAAAAAAGGGAGGAAAAUCGGUUCAAAAAGGAAAUGGAUGAAGACGAAUCAUUUUUUAACAGUUUACUUCCGUAUGUAAGAGUAUUCAACCCUAGGCAAAAAAUAAAGUUUCGCAUAGCAGUUAUGAAAUUACUGGAGGAAGAAAUUCCUGGACCAUCCAAUAGGCCACAUUCUUCGCAAAGUUUCACUCCUGUUCAGCAUCAUGUUUAUGAAAAUUCUCAACGGAGCAUUCAGUUAUUAAACAAUGAGGUUCCUCCUGGACCCUCAUUUACGUCACAUACUUUGCCACGAUCUAAUCCUGUUCGUCGUGUUCAGGAAAAGUCUCAACAGAAGAUUCAGUUAUUAAACAUUGAUGUUUCUUCUGGACCAUCACCUACGACACCUACUUUAUUGACACUGCAACCUCGGUAUUUACAUGAAAACUCUGAACAGAACAUGCAGUUAUCGAACAACGAAAUUUCUGGACAUACUUGGCAUACCUCUACUUCUACUCAGUCCUAUCAUGAUAGUUCCGAACGAAACAUCAUUCCCGAUAAUCAUCACCAACGUGACAUCUCGUCCCAGCAACCCUUUUCUACCAAUAACGCAAAUUGGGAUCAAUAGAAAUACAAAGGUGGAAAGGAAAAAUGUAUAAAUAAUAUGAAGUUAAAUAUAAUGUUUAAAGUUUUUG